AUGCAGAUGGAAGUAAAAAAUGAGCGUCGAAUGAUCGAGCAAAGAAAUGGUACAAGCAAUUCAAGUACUUCGGUUUCAUCUCUUAGAGCUGGAAAAGCAAAAGACACAAAUGACUGCACACACCAGCGACUUACAGCCAGCGUGCUGCGAUAUCCAAGUUUCGUUCUUCCUUUCUCGAGUCUCGAUGAAUUUAAUUUGCAUUCGAAAUUAGGAUGGGCAGUCAAGGAAUCAUUAGAAAGACGGAAUCUAGCAUUGAAGCCGCGUUCUUUAACUCAAGAUUACGAUCUUAGAUCUGAGAUAUUCAUGUCCAAGAGUCCAAUGAAAGUCGAAGAACCUUCCACUUCCAUGGAGUUAUGUACGUUGGUUCUUGUUUUUCCUUCAUUUUCUUGUGGCAACAAUUAG